UGUGCGCAAGCGCAGAACCAGCUCGGCCGCCGAGCAGCGGUCCCCGCGCCGCCUGGCCGCGCGCUCCCGCCGUCGGCCCGCUCCCCAGCGCCUCCCUCCUCCGGAGCUGCGCCCCCGGUAGCCUAGCGGAAGCGAGGCCGCGAUGGCAGAUGAGAUCGCCAAGGCUCAGGCCGCUCGGCCUGGUGGCGACACGAUCUUCGGGAAGAUCAUUCGCAAGGAAAUCCCAGCCAAAAUCAUUUUUGAGGACGACCAGUGUCUUGCUUUCCAUGACAUUUCCCCUCAAGCACCAACACAUUUUCUGGUGAUACCUAAGAAGCAUAUAUCCCAGAUUUCUGUAGCAGAAGAUGAUGAUGAAAAUCUUCUUGGACAUUUAAUGAUUGUUGGCAAGAAAUGUGCUGCUGAUCUGGGCCUAAAGAAGGGUUAUCGCAUGGUAGUGAAUGAAGGCACAGAUGGGGGACAGUCUGUCUAUCAUGUUCAUCUUCAUGUUCUUGGAGGUCGGCAGAUGAAUUGGCCUCCUGGUUAAGCAUGUUUUAGGGAUAAUUUUCCCUGCUAUAGGCAAUGAUCAGUUUUGCAAAUUCUAAUAUGCUAAACAGUACAUUUUAUUUUUGCCUGUGUAUGGAGUGGUCGAGGAAAUAAUUUCUAAAACCCAUACAUAAUAAAAGACAUCGUUGCAUGUUCUGAA